AUGGUUGCAGAAGAAGUGAUCAUUACAUUGUCUGGAGGAGCACCAUGGGGGUUUCGUCUCCAGGGAGGUGUGGAGCAUCAGAAACCACUGCAGGUGGCCAAGGUGCGUAAGCGCAGCAAAGCAUGCAGGGCUGGACUGCGAGAAGCUGAUGAGCUCGUGUCUAUCAACGAGCAGCCAUGUGGAACGCUUUCCCAUGCCCAGGCCAUGAUUCUGAUCGACAGCUCCCCUGGAGUAUUAAACAUCCGGGUCAAAAGAGCACCUGCAGCUUUCCAGUCUGUAGUGCUUGUCACCCGAGCUCCAUCACCCCGUAUUGACAAAGAGUACCGGGCUGCUCUCAGAGCCAUUUCACCAUCUCAACCCCAGCAUGCACCUGUUCGUGAAGUCCACCGUAGCCGUUCCUCCCUUACCAGUGGGUUGACAUCCCCACCGGGGAGCGAGGCUUAUUAUGGGGAAACUGAUAGCGAUGCAGAUGUAGCAGGCUAUGAGAGGCAGCGACGCCAGAAACGCCGGAGCCCCAGCAACUCCAACCCUGGGAAACCAACAGGACGGACAUCUCCAGAGGGAGGAGAGACGUCUGAGAUGAGUGGCUACGAUAGUGCUCCAGAUGCACAAGUUUUCCCACGUUUGUCGGAUGGACAUGGGGUAAAUGGAGAAGGAAGAGGGGGCCUACCAGGGGUGGCAAGAAAAGAGGUUAUUUACCAACCACCUGGUCCAGGAAUAUGGUCCUCCCAGACAUCCACUGAGACUUCCUCCAUCAUCUCCUCAGCAGAUGACCAAGGGGCACGGGAUGGAGGACAAGAAGAAGAUAGUGGCUUUUUAGAGCCAGCCAAUGUGCCAUUGGUUUCCCCUGAAAGGGCAAAAGAGGCUCUGAUGCUGAGCUCCCGCAGCCAGCUUGUGCCUAUGGUGGGUCCUGUGAAUAAACCUAUUGAUGAAGAACUUACAACAACCUACAUGGAAAAAGCCAAGCAAGCCAAGCUGAACCGGGGGGAUACACAGCAAGAUAAGCAAGUAAAGGAAGCUAAAAGCAAGUGUCGAACAAUUGCAUCUCUUCUGACAGAUGCCCCGAACCCUCACUCCAAGGGAGUCCUGAUGUUCAAGAAGAGAAGACAGCGUUCGAAGAAGUACACCCUUACCAGCUUUGGCAGUGUUGAUGAAGAUAUGUGUCAGGAUUCACAAGAAGAGGAUGGAGUAUUUCCUGGUAGUGAAUCUGAAUUUGAUGAGGAUGGCUUCUCAGCUAUUCCUGACCCAACUUGGGACAGUGACUACCUUGAUAAGCUUGAGAAGAGGGCAACUGCAGGUAUGGAAGGCCGUGGGGAUGGAGCAGAGGAUGCUCCAAGUCCAGGUCUGAGUGACACAGCAGGAAAGGGUGCCCAGUUGUUUGAACAGCAGAGAAAAAGGGUAGCUGAACAUGCCAAGAAGGUGGAGCUAUCACAACCUCAGGCUCCUCAACAAGCACAUGAGCAGUCUCCAAUCUAUCAAGAAACUCAAGCACAGCAGCAAUCAAACCAACCACAUCAGCAGCCUGGCCUUAUAUCCAUACAGUCCAUUGGAUCUCAGGUUCCAGUCAAUGAUGCUGCCAAGGGAGCGGCUACUGGGAUCUUCCCGCACUCUGCAGUUAGCACGGUUAGCAUUGUGAUGUCACCACCACCUGUAGCGUCCAAGCCAGUCACUGCUUCAGUUACUGUUCUGGACACAGCAGCGCCACCGUCUGAAACACCAAUACCAGAACUACCAGCAAGCAAUGUUCUGAACAGAACCGCACGUCCUUUCACCCCUGGCUUCAUUAGCAUUCGAGCUGCAACAGCCCCAGUAACUUUUAGACCUGCUGUCACAAAGAGAAACCAGCGUCCUGCUUCUGCAGCUGUUGUGCCGCCACCAUUCUCAUCUGCCUCAGAAUUUGCCAUUAAUGCAACACCAGUAACCCCACAGCAAUUCCCUGGUCCCCCACCAAUAGUCUCUCCACCAUAUUCAAUACCUCAAGGUCCCAUGUCCCUAACACCUGAAGCGUCUAUGACUGUUCACCCUCCAAUCCUUUCUGCCUCUGUUGGGACAUUGCAAGCAUCACCAGCAAUGGCUGGUAUUCAUCAGGCUCCAAUGCCAACUGGGGCUCUGAUGUCUGUUCCUUCAGUACCACCAGCCCCACCAGUACCACCAGCACCACCAGCACCAAUGGUUACAGUGCCUUUUCCUCCAAUCUCUCAAAUGUCAGGCUCAACUGACCCAGUUGCCCCAGUGCGUCCGCUUCAAGUACCAGUUGCUCAGCCUACACCACAAUUGCCCAUGCCGCCUGUAGCCCGCGUGUCAGUGGUAUCCCAGCCUGAAGCUGUGGCUCCAACCCCUGUUCCUGGAGAAACAGGUCGCACAGGAAUCUUACUUGAGGCGAGACGGCGUAGUGGCAAACCAAAACCCAUGUUCAACAUGCCAGAAGUGAAAAAGAACUCUCCCAAUCCUGAGCUGUUGUCAAUGGUACAGAACCUUGAUGACAGGUUUAGCAGACACAAAAGUGCUCAACCAUCCACUGAAUUCGGGUUCGAUGGUACAGAGGAAGAUGGAGGUGGUGAGGCAGGCGCAGGAAGGGUACCACCCCCAGUUGCACCCAAACCUCGGGUUAUCCAUGAGGCCCCACAGAUUCUUCAGGCAGGGGGUAAAGGAGCCCAACUGUUUGCCCGAAGACAGAAUCGCAUGGGAAUGUAUGUUGUGGACACCCCACCUGAGACCCCUUACCAGCAGGAAGUGUCUUUUCAUAAUGAACCACAACUCUAUGACCCUUCUCAGUGGAAAUACUCCCCAAAUGUUCGUGCCCCUCCACCUAUUGGAUACAAUCCUCUCUUGGCCCCCACCAUCCCCAUGGGGCCUCAGAGGGACAUGAACAAACCAGAUAGCAAGGGCAGAGGAGGGUCCCAAAGAGAGGGCAUCAAGGCUCUGGAUUUCAUGAGAAGGCAGCCCUAUCAGCUCAACUCAGCCAUGUUCAACUAUGGAGGCAGUGCUACCAACCUAUCAAACAUGCCCUCUUAUCAAGCGCAGCAGGGUAAUUACACAGCAACAAUGGUAGGGAGCUCAUUAACCUCGCCUCGACAGAUACCAGUCAAAACAGCCCGUGUUUAUGAAAUCAAGCGAUUCUCGACACCCACUCCCAUGUCAGCUCCCUCUCUGGCACCCAAAGUCAUUGCACCUCGCUCAGCCACCACCCUUGGAGAGCGCUUGACCUAUUCUGGCAUGACCUCUCCACCUCCUGCUGCUUUUACUCCAAUGCCAGUCAAUGCUCAAACUCCAGUGUCAAUUCCCUCCCAACCAGUAGGACCACCCAGCCUUCCAAAAUUAUCUGCCCCCCAUGUUCCAAACCCUAUGCCCCAUGCAGUCCCCACACCUUAUACUCCAGUAUCAUACACCACUGGACUCCAAACAGCAAAGCAGUUCCAGAGUGCUCCCGAGCUCAGCAUCCUCGCGUCUUUGCCCCCACUCAAGCCCAACCCAGUUCAGGCACCCAAACCACGUUUUGUUGCCACCAAAGGAGGAGUCCAGCCCCGUGUCUGGAGGCCAGGAGCAAUUUAA